AUGUACAUGUCUGACUUGGAUUUUGAAUUGGUUGAUGACUCUGCUGGUGAGAUGUCCAUCAGAGAAUUACUUCAAUCAUCUUCAUUUCGUUUUACUUCAAGUGGAGCAAUAAUAGAUCCACUUUUAACAGGUAAUAACAAACGAAGUUCUCCACGACAAGAUGAACAACAGCGUGUUCAACAAGUUCGUACACAGUUAAUGAAACAAUAUGAAGAUGAAAAACGUACAUCGUCAAAUUCUACCGGUACCAGCUCGUCUCCACUUUCUUAUUCAAGCCGUUUAUCAUCUUCAACGGAAAGCAGUCCUAUACGUCCACCUUUAUUACGAAAUCAGAAUAGUACACCGACAGCAACCGUUCUUCCAUCUUCUACUUCUUCUACCAGUAUACAACAAUCUCCACCAACAAAACAGCUCGAUUCCGUGUCAUUAUUACUUAAACAAACCAUUGUACCAUCACAAACAUAUCAAAUACAAACACGAUUGGAAAAUCCGACACAAUAUCAUUUGGAGCAAAUGUGUCGCAAACAAUUAACUAAUGGAAACGAGUCAUUGCCGUUACAACAACAACCACCACAACGUCAGUUAUCAUCUAUAAAUCAAAUAUUACAGGAUGUCUCAUCACCAGAAAGUGAACGAAAUUCUGAAAUGGAUGAUCAACUAAACGAUGACACAACAUGUGGUAGUGUAGAAAGUACAACACCAUCCAUUGAUAUAACACCUCGGUUAUCGACGACUCUCGUUGAUGAUCAUGUAUCAAACUAUCUUUCAUCACCGGCAUCAAAAGAGGACAUAACACGGCAUUCAUCAUCGUGCCCAACAAAUAUGUUACGUGCUAAGGCACAAAUUGGUUUACCGUUGACUGAUGAAGAAAUGCGUCUUGUUAUACGUGAUAGACAAAAGAAAGAUAAUCAUAAUAUGAAACAGGAUAUUAAACAAAACAAAGGGACAAUUUUACGAGCGAGCGUUGAUUAUAUUAAAAUAUUACGUCGUGAAUAUGAAAAUGCGCGUUUAAUUGAAGAAAAGUAUCGAAUGUUAUCAGAACAGAAUAAAUCGUUACAAGAUCGUGUCCAAGACCUAGAACAAGCAUGUCUAGUAAAUGGUUUUAACAUUAGUCCAUCGAACAGUAAAUCAAUUAACAAUAAUAGUAAUAUUAAACAAGAACCAUCAUCUUUGCCAUCAUCUGUUGGCGUUUUAUCAUCGUCCUAUAAUCAACUAUUAGCACCGCCAUCGACGCCGAUUUUACUUGACUAUCAACAUCAUUUAGAUAAUAUUUCAUUUUGUGGUAAUGCAGAUGACAGCAAUGAAGAUCCACUUCCCAUAGAUCCUCUUCUCUCGUCUACCUCGUCGUUCAAUUACGGUGAAAAUGAUAUGGAUACUGGUAUGGGUUUUUAA